AUGCAGAGGCGCCUCUCCGGCUCACAUCAACCAGACCAGUCGCAUCCAGUUAUUGACGCAGCGUCCGCAAGGAGACAUGGGCCUGCCAUUGAUGGCACAUGUCAUUCAUUUGCCCCACAGAUGAACCAGCAGAAAGCGACAGAUCUGUAUAGCGGAGAGGAAUCCAAUUCAUCCCUGUUCACUAGCACCCGUAGAUUUGCGGGUGGCACGGCAUAUCCGCCUCCCCUUAACGUCCCAACUCGACAGAAAGCUGUCAUGCCAUUUGAAUCGCAAUCCUUUUCGUCAACGAUAGAUAAGCUGAUGGAGGGCCAAAGACUACGAAGAUCCCGGCUGCGAAACCCGUGGUCAUGUUCUCUCCUGACACUGUCCCUGACCUUCCUGAGUGCGCUCGCCCUUUUUGGAAUCAUUCACUCCUACAUGACCCGCCAAAUCGACCCACAAGGCUGUAAUACGCCUCGAAUGAUGCCCACUUAUAUUAAACUCAUUGGCUUCGAUACGGAACAUACCCGCUUCGCGAGUAAAUAUGGACUAUACCUGUAUCGGGAGCGUGGGGUUGACGAAUAUAGCGAACAAGAUAUUGGGCUUAGGGGUGUGCCAGUAUUGUUCCUCCCUGGAAAUGCUGGGAGCUACAGGCAAGGCCGGUCACUAGCAUCGGAAGCGUCGUUAUAUUUCCAGAAUGUAAUAAGAUAUGACCAGGACAAACUCAAUGCGGGGACCCGAAGUUUAGAUUUCUUCAUGGCGGAUUUCAACGAGGACAUGGCGGCAUUUCACGGACAAACGUUACUCGACCAGGCCGAAUACGUAAACGAAGCUCUAGCCUAUAUACUCUCUCUCUAUCAUGACCCUAAACGCCCUGGGAGAGACCCGAACCUCCCAGACCCUAGCUCCGUGAUUCUAAUUGGUCAUUCGAUGGGUGGGAUCGUUGCUCGAACGGUGCUUACAAUGUCGAAUUACCAGGCAAAUUCGGUGAACACGAUCAUUACGAUGUCAACCCCUCACGCUCGGCCUCCAGUAUCGUUUGAUGUAGAUGUUGUUCGCACGUACAAACAGAUUAAUGAUUACUGGCGUGAAGCAUAUUCUCAGAAAUGGGCCAACAACAAUCCGUUAUGGCACGUUACUUUGAUAUCUAUUGCUGGAGGUGGUGGGGACUCGAUUGUCCCUUCUGAUUAUACAAGUCUAUCGUCCCUUGUUCCUGAAACACACGGAUUUACCGUAUUCACAUCCACUAUCCCAAAUGUUUGGACUGGAAUGGAUCACCUUUCCAUCGCUUGGUGCGACUCGUUCCGAAAAGUAAUCAUUCGCUCACUUUUCGACUUGGUGGACGUUAGACGAUCGUCCCAGACGAAGCAGAGAGCGGAAAGAAUGAGCGUAUUCAAAAAAUGGUACCUCACGGGGAUGGAAGCCAUUUCUGAAAGGACUCUCCCACAAAAAGACCCGACAACACUCUUGACUUUGGAAGAUAAUACAAAUUCAAUUCUACCCCAAGGGCAGCGGCUAGUUUUGCGCAGUUUUGGUAACCGCCAGUUACCCAAAGCGCAUCUUCUUCCCGUUCCUCCCCAAGGCGCUUCAGGGAAAAAGUUUACCCUUCUAACAGAUCAACGUCUUGAUCCUCCUGGUGGCAACGGGAAACUAGAAGUCUUAUUCUGUAGUGUCUUCCCUUUGCGAGCUGGCCAUUCAGCUGCCCUCUUAUCUUUGAAUAUGGAUCUCUCAGGCGGCAGCGCCGGUUCCACUCGGUUGGCUUGCAAGAGUGCCGUAGAGGAUGUAAUACAUCUUCCAGCAUCGACACGCUCGUCCAAGUUCGCUUUCGAUGAUGCUAUUCCAUUUUCAUAUCUGCAAUAUAACUUGGAGGAUCUGGUGGAGCAUCAAUUCGUAGCUGUUGUUGACAAAGCUUCCAAACAUUCCUCGGGUUGGCUUGUUGCGGAAUUUUCAGACAGCUCCGACGCUCUCAUCCAAACCAAGGUUGGACUUGGCCGCCUGUUGGGUGCCGGACUUAAUAUUCGACUUCCUGCAGAACGACCAAUGUUGACCGAAGUGAAAAUACCCGCUCUAUACUCGAGUCUCUUAGCUUAUAAGCUGAGAGUCGGCAAACAGCCGUGCGGUGAGCAUGCUGAGCUGUUUACUCCCCUACUACGACAGUAUAUUUCGGAACCACAUGAAUCGAAGUACUUUGUCAAUGUCAAAGAAGCCGAUAUCAACUUGCAUGGUGUUGCACCCUAUAUGCCUCCCCACCUUCGAGAGCAAAGUGCUAUUCGUGGCAUUUCGUUUCAGCUUUGGUCUGACCCUAGCUGCAAUGCCUCAAUGGAGCUUUCGUUGCGUGUGGACGUUAUCGGUAGCAUGGGGAAACUUGCCAUGCGAUAUCGUACGGUCUUUGCGGCGCUUCCACUUCUUGUGAUUGCACUAGUUCUCCGGAAGCAGUUCCAGAUAUAUGACAAAACAGGCGUUUUUAUCCCUUUCUCGGAGGCACUGGAUCAUUGUCUCCGAUUCUCAUUACCGCUCUUAUUCACCAUACUGACAUUUGUUGCAACAUCUUUGGCAACAUCAACCUCUGGAAUGGACAACCCGGAGAAAGUAUUAAUGGAUUGGCGAUCGAACUCCACCGAAACUGUCAUAGACUUCACUAGGAACGAUUUACUUUUGGGCUCUCAAGAUAGCUUUUUCUGGUUCUUGAUCCCAUUGUUUGGUCUGAUCAGCAUCGGAUUGUGCGCUGUGGUAAAUUACAUUGUCGUGGCUUUGAUUUAUGGCCUGUCGACAGUCCGUAGAAUGUUGGUAUCACGCCGAGGGUACAUAAAACAUGAUGACCCAAAACCUGCGGCGAUUUACCCAUCACUCUCUCCGAGACAAAGGAUCAUUAACUCCGCUGUUUUACUGUGUUUCGUGGCAACUGUCAUUCCAUAUCAGUUCGCGUAUCUCGUAGCAUGCAUUGUGCAAUUAGCAACCUGCGUGCAGACUUUGCAAUAUGCGAGAGAAACGAAAUCGAACUCGCAGUAUAAUUUCUACAAUUACGUUCAUUCCGUCUUCGUCCUUAUGCUAUGGAUACUACCGGUUAAUGUCCUUGUGUUUGCGGUUUGGGUUCACAAUCUCGCUGUCCACUGGUGGACGCCGUUCGCAUCGCAUCACAAUGUCUUAUCUAUAAUGCCAUUUAUACUUCUCGUGGAGACGCUCACAAAUGGGAAUAUGAUCCCAAGAGUAACCUCAAGAUUGCGACAUAUCACUUCGGCCUUAUUUAUUAUCCUCGCUGUAUAUGCCGCGCUCUACGGAGUCACAUAUGCAUAUCUCCUUCAUCACAUUGCCAAUGUAGUCACUGCGUGGCUUGUUUGUGUACAUUUUGCCAGCAGUGGUUUCUUGCUCCAGAAUUUAAGCCAAGCCUUCGAGAGCUCGGGCUUCGGUGAAGACGGGCCUCCGGCAACUAAUGGUCAUGUUAAAAAGCUCCCUUAA